AUGGAAGAAAAGAACGUAUUUUAUGAAAAGCUAGAUGAAUAUUAUAAAUUGAAAUCUAAAAAAAAACCGUUCCCUAAAUAUGUCCAAUUACAGAUGAUUGCUGAAGAAAUAGAAAUGGCUAAAAUCAAAACUGGUAAAAAAGAUCGACGACAAUACUAUCUACUAUCUAUAUUUUUGUGUAUAGAACAAUAUAGAAAAUAUACGUAUACAUGUAUAAUGAUAGUUUAUGAAACAUUAUAUAUAAUAAAAUAA